AUGAAUUUGUCAGAGAAUUACAUUUCGGCGUCGCGUAAUUCGUCGUCUUCAACAGCUACAACCUCAAUGUCGAACAAGUAUAGCAGUCUACCAAAGUUCAACCACAGUCAUUCCAACCAAUCGAGAGUUGCAUCUAAUAAUGAUAUCAGCACAUCAAGCAUUUUCCCGUAUAAUAGAACCGUCAGUUCGUCUUCUUCCAUUAUGAGUACCCCAAGCAAUAAUAUCAGAAAGUUCCAACGACAGCGACAACAAGAGAAACGCAAUAAUGAACAUCUUCCUCCACCAUCACAACAUCAGAGACAAACCGGAAACAGCAAAAAUGACCCCACAAGGACGUCCAAAAAUGGGAGAUUGAUUAAAAACAAAUUAUUAAAUCUACAACAGUCACUGAAACAACAAUUAAUCAAUCGUAUAUCCGAUAAAGAUCCAGGACAUUUGCAUUCUAACAAUUCACAAUCUAAUACAAAAAAGGUGACUCCUCCGGUAUUUGGUCUCCAAAAAGUUGCGUCCAGUCCUUACGAUUUUUCCGUAUUUACAAAAGUAAUCACAAACGAAAAACACCAUGAUCAAGUGCUAUUUCCUGCAAUAAAGCAGUCGCAAAUCAAAGCCUGGGAAUCUGCAGAGAAAAUAUGUAGAGGCAUUAUUUUUGAUAAUGAUGAUGAGUACGAUGAUGAAGAAUCCACCGAAGAUGAGAGUGAAGACAAAAAGAACCCGAUCAUUUCAAUACCUGGAUACACUGACGGUGAAUUAAAGGAAUUAUUCAAAUACCCCAAUUUAUCGAGUCAAGAAGAGAAAAAAUUACUCACUGAGUAUAAACGGAAAGUUUUAUCUUUACAGGAACAGAGUUUAUCUAAUAACAAUUUAAUAUCGUUUCGAAGACAAUUGCAGAUAGACCAAAAGAAAGAAAUACUUUCGAAAUUGUUUAAUAAUCAGAACAAACUCAAUCUUGAUUAUAUAACUGACAAUGACAACAAUAAUAACAAUAUUGAUAGUUACACCAAUAGAAAUCAAUACAAUGUGGUUGAUAACAAUUUGAUUUCUAUGGAUUUGCAUAGUUUGAUUAAUAAUGAUAUGGAGGAAGUGAAUUAUUUAUUGGAGGAAGAUGGUAAUUUUAAAAUUUUGCAAGAAGAAGUUAAACAGAAUGCUUUCCAUAAAAAAAUCGUAACUGAUAAUCAACACCACAAUGAUGAAAAUGGACAUGGUCAAUUUGAUUAUGAACGUUUCCAAAACUUGACAUCAAAAAAAUUGGACAAGAUUUAUGAUGUACAUGCCAUUCGAUAUACUGGUACAAAUGUUGAUGAUGAUGAAUACAAGGAACCUAGUUUUUAUAGUGAUGACGUUUCCAAUUUGGAAUUAGAGGAGGAAUUAUUGCAAUUUACAACAGGCCAUUUGCGUCAACGUAUUCAUGAAAGCAUAGAUGAAGAUGAAAUAACAGAAAAAUCUUGA